AUGACUGACAGGGUAUUUAGUCGAGCGUUCUUAUUGACGCCACUGUUCGACAUAUCUCUGCCGGAUGUCUUGCAUGGCAUGAAGGUGGCUCACGACGCGCGCUUCUUCGACUUUGAGCACUUCGACGCUGAUCAGUACCUGUUCUAUGAGGGUAUUAGCCAAGGGUUCUUAUUGACGCCGCUGUUCGACAUAUCUCUACUGGACGUGCUACACGGCAUGAAGGUGGCUCACGACGCGCGCUUCUUCGACUUCGAGCACUUCGACGCUGAUCAGUACCUGUUCUAUGAGAAAGUGGAAAACGGCGACCUCAACUGGAUAGUCCCCGGCAAAAUGCUGGCUUUCUCCGGGCCGCACCACCGGUCCCGGGUGGACCGGGGCUACCACCUGCACAGCCCGGAACACUACCAUGAAUACUUCAGGACGCACCACGUGACCACCAUAGUGCGGCUCAAUAAGAAGUCAUAUGACGCGCGUCAGUUCACCGCGCACGGGUUCGAGCAUCGGGAGUUGUUCUUCGUGGAUGGAUCUGUGCCGUCGGAUCUGAUUGUGAACCGGUUUAUACGGAUCUCUGAGGCGGCUAAGGGCGCAGUGGCGGUUCAUUGUAAAGGUAGGACAAUUAUUUGUAUUUGUCGCUUUCGCUCUUGACAGCAUCUCGGUAUGUGUAAGAGAGAUGAAUAUAGCUGAUGAUGAGAUGGAGUGUGGUGUCCUAGCCAGAGAGUUGAUUGCAGAACACAAGAGCUAGUCGAGAAAUCUAUUAGUUGGAUAUUGGCAGGCUCAAAUCGACCU